AUGCGUCGAAGCACUACUCAAUCGGAGAUUCCUCUCCCCAUUACCUACACGCCAACCACACACCGCAUUAGCAAGGCAAAGAAGGGCAAGCGCGUGCAUGCCUGCGAGUACCCGGGCUGCAACAAGGUCUUCACAAGAGCAGAGCACCGCAGACGGCAUGAGCUGAACCACAACCCGGAGGCCCUCUAUCGGUGUGCCCACAACAACUGCAAGAAGGCAUUCCACCGUCCCGACCUACUAGCCCGCCACAUGGAGCGACACGAGUUGGAAGCACAGAUGGACCGGACCGCGCAGUGGCAACAGCAGAACCGUGCCCCAAUCAUGCCCGAGCACUAUGUAUCCCACGCCACGCCUAUGACCUCGCACCCGGGACAGUACCUUGCCGUGACCCAACCGCAGAACGCGAUGUCUGUUGGAUCUCUCGUGGCCCCUGCUAUUCACCCUGACCUUACCGGAGACUGUGGCUUGAUGUGGAAUAGCGUGGAAAUGCCAUCUGGACAUCAUACGCCCAUGUACCCUAGCCAUCCUCACAUCCACGAGUCGGUAGAAGACAGCCGGUUCUACGCUACGCCGGAAACGUGCCCGUCCCCUCUUUCAGAUGGUACAUCCCUCUCAGUUCACUCCCACUCCCGUUCAUCCGUCGUCUCGACACCAGUCACAGUCGUUGAGCCGUAUCCCGAGAGCCUCAUGGAACCCGACCUGACAUCCUCGCCAAUGUCCAUGCAGUCGAACAUGCGCUGCUGGGAGCAGCCAGACACCAGCCUGCCGUCGUUGAGCAUGAUGCCCCUUCCUCUUUCGGAAGGUCUGCUCCAACCAACUAUCCACUGCCCUUAUCCAUCUCCCGGCUGGUCAACAACGCAUAGCCUCACUUAUGACGACCAUACUCUUCCGCCUGCGGCAUUUCCACCUGUAAUGGGGUGGAAGCCAUGGGGAAUGUGA